AGACUUUUAAUAUAUUAUAAGUUAUAUUAUAAGUCUAUGAUGAACACUGUACAGUAAAGUUCCAAAAUUGUAUCUUAUCACUCAUCAUAUCAGUUUAAUUUGUAAACAUUCACCACUUAGAUAACGAUUGGCGACCAUUUUGUUGGCUACAUUAUUUUCUACGUACUGACUAUGGCAGUCGGCCAUCUACUAUAUAGUUUUAUAAUUUAUAUAUCUAACAUUAUAAUAUGUUAACUGUUUAGUGUAAUUAUCUUUCAUAUAGUUUCUGUAUUUGAAAAAUAAAAAAUGAAUGAAACCAAUCACCAGAAUUGUAUACAUUCUCCGAGAUCUGUUUCUGAAAUGGCAUACAUUCCUCAGCCACGUCCAGCACCAGGUCUUGAUUCGUUAUACAUGUUAUGUAAAAGAAUAUACCCUGAUCAGUGGAAUCCAUUACAAGCUACAACUUUACUCAAAUAUUGGUAUAUUUUUUUAUUUCAAAAUAUAAUUAUAUAAUUUUUUUAAGAAAAAAAAUUCUCAAAGUUACCUAUUAUUUGUAACCAUGAUAUUUUUGUGAUCAUUUUCGUUGUUUGUUUAUUAAGUACAAUUUAUAUAGAAAUUAUAUCUUAACAUAAUAUUUUUAAUUUUAUGUAAUCACAUUUAAAAUAGGUACUUUACUAGAUAGUUUUAAUUAGUUUGCUUAUGUUAUUAAUGCGUAGUUUAAUUUUAGUAAGAAUAGUUACUUUGUUAUAUAGUUGUAGGCUAUCUACAACUGCUUCAGUACAGAGCCCUACUAAAGAAUUUUGGGACCCAGGGUUAGUUUAUUGAUUGGGACAUUAAAUUAAAUUAUAAAUUUAGUUUUUUCUCUUAUCCAGUUCUGUAACUAAACAAUCAAUUAUAAUAUAAAAAGUUCCAACUUCUAAUUUUUAGAUUCCUAGUGGAGCGAGAAAUUUAUCGGUUUUACAAUAAUGUUAUUUUCUAUUUUUUUAGACUACUUUCCUCCAAUUUUCAAGUAUAAUACUUUUUCUGAAAGAAACCCUAACUAAGGUGGUACUUUAAAGAAGGUUGUUUUUUUAUUUUUCUAGGAGUUUUACCAAUAAAUGGAAAAAAAUGGAAAAAUAGAAACAAUAUUAAACAAAUAUUAUUAAAGAAAAUAUAUAAUGUAUAUGUUAUUAUUUUUCCAUAAUGUGACAUAUAUAUCGCUGACAAAAUAAAACUAUUUACAGAUCUCUGCUUAUAAUUGUUUUUCAUUAGUAAUGGCUAAUCAUUGUGUACUAAUAUACAUAAAAUGUCUUCUUUACUUUCCUAACUUCUCACUUCUCUGUCUUUUUAUUUUACAAAUAUUUUAAUUAUUUUCAACUGUAUCAUCUGGGAAUUAUUUCUUCUUACUAGUUUUUCCCUAUCAUCAGUAUUAGAUAAAAUGUUAGUUGAUAAUUAAUUUGAAUUUUUUUUUAAAAAUUAACAAUUUCCCAAUUUUAUCUUAAUAAAUAAAUUUGCCGACUACUGAUUAAAUAACAAGUUAGAAUUCACAAAUGGUACUUUUAGUAAAUAGUUUACUUUGAAAAAAUUAAACAAAAAUAAUUUUAAAACCAAAUUAAUGCAUGGGGGGUUGAGGCUCGAGGCUGAAUUCCCCCUCUAAGUAGGACUCUACAUCAGUAUAAAACAUAUUUUAAUAUUAAAAUAUGUUUUUUUAGGUAUUUUAUUGACACUAUAAAAAUAAAUUAAUAUAUAGAUAGUGAAUUAAUAAUUACAAUAUAUUAAAACAAUAAACUUACUGAUUGUUGAAUGAAAUUAUUGGAUAAUUGAAGUUAAUUGUGAAGAAAGAAUUGAUUGUGGAUUAAAAGAGAAUUUGUAGAAAUGUACUAAAUCAGAUAGAUUAUUUUGCUAAAGGAUAAAAUAAGGGCAAUGCAAAAUAAUGUGGUAUAUAUCUUAAAUUGUUUGGGAUGUGUGUAGAGAGUAUAGAUGAUAGUUUUGAAGAGAUAGCUUGUAGGAAUGAGAUAGAAAGAGAUUAUGGUCUAUUAUACAAGCAUUAAUUUGUAUUUUUCUUUAGUAACAAUGGAGCAAAUACUAAUAUUACGUGGAGUUGUUUUUCUAUACUUGUAACCAUUUCCUGUCUAUCAUUCUAUUUUUGGUUAACACAUGUGUUCAUUUUAAAGUUUAUUUAUAAAUCCCAUAAGCCUAGAAUAUGUAUGGAUUUAUGUUUAAUUAGUACUUGAAUAAAAAAAAAAUUCGGAGGAUGGAAAAGUGUAAACUAAAUGUAUGUUAUUUAAAACUUAAAUGUUGUCCGUGUAGACUUUUAUAGUGCCUUUUCUUUGAGAUAUAUGAAUAGUACAGAAAGUCAGAAAUAGUAACAGAUAUUUUAAACUAUUCUUGUUAGCCAACUUAAAAAAAAAAAAAAAUUUUUCUUUAAAUUUUUCUUCUACACUUCCCUAAAGUUACCUUAUCUACAUAAUAUUUAUUUUUACACCUAGAUACAAAAACCAAAACCGCCUGUUUACUUAUUUACAAAUUUGUUCCAAAUUUCAAAUUAAUAAUAUUGAGUUAAUUUUUAUAUUAACUCUGCACCUAUUUUAACUGCUUAGGGUUUACAUUCUGAAUUUUACUUUCCCAGCUUUCCACAUAUAACAGCGACCCACUCUUAGUGUAAAACAUGUCAGUUUUAAAAAAAUACAUUUUACAUAAAUAUCAAAUAUUUGGCAGUUAAGGUUAUUUUAUUUAUUUAUUUAACUUUAUUUUAAUUGACAAUAUCAUUUUCUCUAUGAGAGGGGAUCCGAAUACUCCCACAGUACAUUUCCGUGUCUAGUGUAAAGAGUUAAAAGAAUUUAUUCUAAACAAGGUUUGGCUGAAUUAUCCCAUCUCGGAUGUAUGCGAGAACAUUAAAAAUAAGAAGUUGUGUAACAUAGAAUUUAAUGUGAUUGGAUAAAUGGAGAGAAGAAUUAUGUUUUGUUGUGUGACAAGAGAAUUCCUAUGAGACUUACAGGUAAGUUUUAAAACAAUUUGGUGAGACUAAUUAUGUUAAGCGGUAAACAGAAAAAUCAAACUGAGAAUGAGUGUGUUAGUGAUAAGAAUGCUUGGAUGGAUGAGUGGAAUGAAAGAGUAUGUAAAAGGUAGCAUUGUGACUUUGAUAGUACAUAAAUUUAAAAAAAUAGACAGAAGUGGUUUGGACAUGUUACAAGGGGAGAGUAAUCAGAAGCAGUAAGACUCUUUUCACUUUAUACAAUUUUGAUCAUACGGAAAAAUACUGGAUGGCAAAAUUCCAAACGAAAAAUUAAUUUGGUAUACAUUAUUUAUGAACAGUUUUUGUCAGUCAGCUUUGUUUUAUAAGAACACUCAGUUGUGCACUCAUGCGUUGUUAAUGAUGAACCAAACACCAAUUAGCUAAUCACACUGUCCUGCUGCCAUACAUUGUAGUGGCAGUAGACAGGUGCUACACGGUAUGGCACCAACAUUUUGCCUUGGCUGUGUAAUGUAAAACAGUAUAUUAUGCUCUUCUUCAUUCCACUAGAAUAAAAUUGUCAUAUGGUCAAAACUGUAUAUUGUGAAAAAAGCCUAAAAAUGGUAAUGAAAAUAAACAUUGUAGAAAAUGUAGGAAUAGGAAAACCAUAAAAUAGGUUAUUUAAUGUGAUUGAGAACGAUAUAAGGUAAAGAUACUCAAGGGCAGCUUAUGUAUGUGAGGUGGGUAAUCAGGCCAAGUGAAAGUUAAGGACGAAGGUGACCAACCCCAACAUUGCUGGGAUGGAGGCAAAGGAAAAGAAAGAAGAUUUUGAUUAAAACAUAAUGCGGCAUGGGAUUUUUAAUAUAUUUGUUUACUAUUUGUAGGCUUGGUGGUGAAGAUCCAUUAGACUAUAUAAGUAUGUAUAAUAAUCCAGGUGAUCGAAUGAUUGGGAUUCCAGCACAUUGGCAUUAUAUUGGGUAGGUUAUUAUAUGUAUUUUUCUAUCAUCCAAUUACAGAUAUUUUAGGUUAUUUAAAUUGUGUGCAGUUUUUGUUUUUAUACUUAAUUUCCUGUGUAUAGAUUUGUUGAUUUAUUUGUAAAUGAAAUUUUAUAGUUUUGGUUUAUCCAAUUUACAUGGUGAUACUCGUGUACAUCGUUUUUCAAAAGGCCCAAAUGCACCGAGUGGAUUUGGUUUUGAGUUAACAUUUCGUCUUCUCAAAGAUUCUGAAGAACACAAUCCUCCAACAUGGCCUGCUCAUUUAAUGCAGUCGCUUGCUAAAUACGUUUUUGCAACAGGUAUAUACUGGAUGAUUUUGUGGAACGAUUCUAGUUUAGUAGCUUAUCAAUUUUUUAGAUUUUUUUUUAAAAUGUGAUUUAUGUGUACAUUAAGAAUGUAAAAAAAGUCGUAUAAACUUCGUUUGGAAGUUGUAGGGGAAAACUUCAUGAAGUUUGAAUUUUCCGUUUCACCUAUUUUUUAGUUAGAAUUUAAUAUUUUACAAAUUAUAUUACUUGUUAAUGCUUAACCUAUUGGUUUAAUUAAAACUUAGCUAUCAUACUAAUUUUUGAAGUUAUUUUAAAUAAACUUUGAAAAAUAGCAUUUUAGGUGCAUCUAGAGACCAGGCGGGGUCACUAAGUUGCUGUUCUCGCUCGGACUGUUUUACUCGAAAAUAACCCUUGAUUUGUUGUGCAAAUUCACCACUAUUCAUUUUGAAAAUGCUAUUUUUUAAGGUGUUUGUACAACAACUUCAACAGUAAAUAUGAUUGUUAAGUUUUGAUUAUACCAAUAGAUUAAGCAUUAAAAAACACAUUUUGGGAAAAAAAAACUUUGAAAAUGUUAAACUCUAACUAAGAAAUAUGUGAAAUGGAAAACCUGAACUUCAUGAAGUUUUCCCCUAUAAUUUCCAAACAAAGUUUGUAAAACUUUUUUUUACAUUUUUAAUGUACACAUAAAAGCACUCAUUUUGAAAAAAAAAAUAUCUAAAAAAUUGAUAAGUUGCUAAACAAGAAUUAUGCAGAUUCUUUUAUUGUUAAACACUCAUUAUUUCGAAAAGUAUUAAUUAUUUUUGAAAUCUUAAAAAACAGUUGGUUCUGAAAUGCUACAUUAUCAUUUUUUUUGUCACCCUUAUUUUUGAGGGUGAAUCGUCUACUUAAUUUUGAUUUUCAAAGGGAAACUUAUAUUAAAAAUCCCAUAAAUUGAGUAUUAGAUAAAAUAAAUUUUGGUUUUGAAAUUUUUAAUUUCUGUCAAUCCAUUGAUAAGAUAUUCUACUUUUAAGUAUGGGUUGGAAGAUAAUAGUGGUUAAUAUUUCAUCUAUUCAUGGAAUUUUUAAUAUAAGUUGCUAUUUAAGAAUCAAAAGUAGGUAGAUGAUUCACCCCCAAAAAUAAAGGUUACGAAAAAUAAUGCAAGUGUAAAAUUUUAGAGCUUCUUAAAUUUACAAUAAAACAGAUUCUGAAAAAAGUUAAUGCUUUCAGAGAUAAUGAGUGUUAAUGAUAAAAGAAUAACCGGUACAUUAAUAACUAGAGAAUAUUGUGUAUUAUUUAUUAUUACUGUUAUGUAUUUAUAAGAACUACCUAUAUAACAAACUAAUUGUAAUAUCUUUUCAACUAUAGGAAAUACAUUAUAUGCUGGUGAUCACGUGUCUUGGCAUUGUGGUUUGGAUGGUAGUAGAAGUCGUUUACAACACAUGUUGAUGGGUGAAGAUCCUCAGUUACAAGUUACUGGGACACCAUAUGGGACAGUUAGAUUUAUUCAAAUUGUGGGUGUGUGUUUAGAAGAAUUGCAAGCUGUUCAAAGGUGGAAUGGUCCUGGAGUAUUGCAAAUACUGAAAAGACAUUCAGUGUAAAGUAUAUGGAUAAAAUUAGCAUUUUAUUGUCAAAUUUUCCCAGAAAAUAGAGAUUAUUACACAGUAUUGGCCCAAAUUAGUUUAUAUUUGAGAAUUAGAAUUGUUUUAUAAGGAGAUUGAAGUGAUAAAGUUUUGGUUAAAUUUAAAUACAAAUUUCACCAGGUUGUUGCUGCAGAAAGUUAUUUGUUUUAAAAGCUAGGAUAAAUGGUUUUAGCCAUUUUGGUUUAUUUUUAUUAUUAUUAUAUAAUAUAUUAAUUUAUGAGAGAAGUAGCAUUUUAAGUAGAUUUUAAUUUAGUAAGUAUUUAAGUAGUUCUACUAUAGGCAUACUAAUUUAAAUUUAAAUAAUCUAAAUAUUUCAAUAUAUUUUUAAAUUGAUUAUUAAUUGGCUUUUUAAUGUUUACUAAUUUCAAGUUAGUUAUAAUAUUUUUUUUUAUUUGAAUAUAUUUAAUUGCAAUGUGAAAAACUGGAAUUUAAUUGCAACAAUGUCUUGCUCAUUUGCCCUAUGCAAUUUUGUAUAAUGUAUGUCAGUGUUAAUGUUGAACCCCUUUCUGGGGUUUCAACUUUCAAAUCUUCUCUCUAACUAUUCUUAUUCUCAAAUGUCAUAUUUUUACAAAAAGUAUUAAGUUUUGAAAUAUUAAUGUAAUAAAAACUCUGGUACCUAACUAUUUUAGAUCAAUUAUGAAAAUAAUAAAUAUUGUAACAGCGAUAAUUCGACUGGGGAAAAUUUGACUAAUGAAGCUCUGCUGCUUACAGGUGUUCUUAUUAAUAUACAGUUAUAUUUAAUUUUUAGUGUAAUAUUUUGAUUUAUUUUAUAAAUUCAAUAUAUUUUUGAGAUAAAUUUAUAAUAUAUUUUAAGGUUUAUUUAAAUUUUUUUAUCAUAUUUGAAUGGAUUAAAUGGUUGGCACAAUUUAUUCAAUUUGUUGUCUCGAUCUUUCUAAAGGUCAAUACAGCAAAUAUUGUUUUCAUUGUUCUAACAGUACUCUAGCUCUAAUAUACUUUUCAUCAUUAAAUGUUAUAUUGAGAUUCAAUAAUAUUUUAAUUUUUUUAGUAUACAUGUAUUGUUUGAAAAUAACUAAUUACUGAAAAAAGUCUAUUGGAGCCAGAGCACCAUUGGAACUCUAAAAACCCAGUUUUUUUAUACUAUCUAUUUAAAGUAGUAUGAAACUUAUCAUUAAAAUAAUAUACUACUGUUUUAUCAGUAAAUAUAGGCAUUAUAUUUAGAAUUUCUAAAAAUGUAAACAUUUGUUAUCUAAUUAUUUAUUAUUUGAAAAAAAUAAUUACUGAAUAUUCAUAAAAUGUAUAUUAUUUAUUAUAUUAUCAUGUAUUAUGGAUAAACUACCAAUAUAUUAGUAAUAACUAAUUUAUCUUGCAUAUCUAUUGCUCUUAUAAAUAUACUGAUUCAUGUACAUUUAAUUAUUACAGUACAGGAGGCCCAUGGUUAGUAACAAAUAUGCGCAGGAGUGAAAGUAUGUUUGAUGUAGAUCUAUCUGUACACGAUGAAAUAGCUGAAGGUAUUAAAACUGAAGGUUCAAAUUUAUGUGGUAUAAGUGUCAAUUGCUCAUGGAAAGAAUCUAAUAAAAUAAGUAUGUAUGAAAUAUAAUUUAAUAUUAUAGAUGCUGAGCUGUUUAAAUGCAUGCACUAAUUUUACUGUGUUUCCUAUUUUAUUAUCUGGCUGAACACAUAUAAACACAUAAAUUGAAGAGUAGCUACACACUGUAUAAAUUAAGUUCCUUGUGGUUUUUUGAAUUUGUAUUUCAGUUAUUUGUAAUUUUCAGGCAACAAACCUGGUUAUACAUCAGUAGAACAUUCCAUGGGCAAUUUAUGUAUUAUUAAUAACUCAAGAGCAACAAAUGAGUAACCAUUAUUUUUUUAUAGUAUUUAAUUUAUAGUUUUAAUGUUAUUAUAUUGGCAUUUUUUUUAUUUUAUAGAGAUAAAAAAGAAAUUGAUAGUAAUUCUAAGUAUACAAAUUGUGAGUUAUCAGAUUUAGCUAAAACCCGAUACAUAGAAGAAGUCCAUUUAACUUUUAACUUAGAAGCGGGAUUAUUACUACCUUUUGUACUAAAGUAUAAUUUAAUUAUUUUAAAAUGUAUUAAACAUAUUAAAUAUAAAUAUUAUUUACAGAGGUCGUAUUAGACACGGACGCCAUUUUACGUUCAAAGCAUUAGAUGGUAAAUCAACGAUUACAUUUGUUAGUCCAUCUGUAUCUGGAGCUGCUGUCAGUGAUGAAAAACCUUUUGCAGCUCAUGAAACUUGGUUGCAGGUGUUAGUGCCUAAUAGUUUUAUUGAUACUAUGGAAUCUAGUUUAAAGUUCCUUAAUGAACCAAUUUUGGUAAACUUGUUAUUAUUAUUAAUACCUUUAAUAAUAAUUCUAUAUUAAUUUUGUAAAUAUUAUAUUUUUAUCAUUUAGGAACCAUUACCAAAAACAAUCACCUGGCCAGACAGAAAUUUAACUAUAACAAUUAAACCAGAUGGAUCAUAAACUACAAAAUGUAUUUUCAUCAUUAUUUUAAUUUUAAUGACAUGUUUUUUUUCCAAAUACCUUAUAAUAUCAGUUCCUUGAAUACUUAUAUCCUUUGCUUUCAUUUUAUUGUAUGUGCAUUAUUAUUAUUUGUAUUAUUUUAUAAACAUUAUUGUUUCUUUUAUGAACCUUUCAUACAGUAUUAAAACUAACUUGUGCCUUAUUAAUAUAUAUAAAUUAAUUUUUAUAAAAUUUGUUCUAUUAAAAAUAGAGAUUGUUUUGAAGAAGUUAUUAGUUUA